AAGUUGGAUCUGCGUCUUCGUUUCUUGCGGAUCCGUUUCCUUGGAAGAGGUGAACCCUGAAGGUAUUCUAUAAUUGAAACUUACAAAUUGCACAUAAGGUACUGUUAAAACGUGUGGAAUUUAUUGCAAAAGCGAUACCCAGAAAUUGCAUAAUGUCAACACACUGCAUCCUCACUUCACCGCCAGAGGAACAUUUACGCUGUUCGCUCUGUCUGGACCUCUUCACCGAACCCGUCACCACAACAUGCGGUCAUAGUUUCUGCAGGACCUGCCUCAGCCAGCGAUGGAGCGACGGCGACUGCUACCAGUGUCCAAAGUGUAACAAAAGAUUCCCCGUGAAGCCAGAGUUCUCCACAAACGAAGUCAUGGAGGAAAUGUCGGUCCAAUUAAAGAGACGGAAAACUGAGGCACUCGAAAGCGAAAACGCACCGUGGCAGGUGAAGUGCGACGUGUGCGCGGAUUUGAGGUUCAAGGCGUCCAAGUCGUGCCUGGUGUGUCUGGCGUCGUACUGUGACGGACACCUGGAGUCUCACCGGAGGGUCCCCGCCCUGAUGAGACACAAGCUGGUGGAGCCGCUGGAGAACCUGGAGGAGAGGGUUUGUGAGAAGCACGCCAGGAUCCUGGAGUUUUUCUGCAGGCGGGAACAAGCGUGCGUCUGUCUGCUGUGCUGCGAAGCAGAACACAGAGACCACGAGACGGUACCUGUUGAAGAGGAGGGGGCUCUGCAGAAAGAAACCAUUGAUUCCCAACAAACAAAAAUCAAACUCAUGAUUGAUGAAAGAAUGGAAAAGAUAGAGGAAUUUCAAAAAACCUCAGAAAUGAGCAAAGUAAAAGCAGACAACAUAUUUGAGGACGGUGAGAAGCUGUUCAGUAUUCUGAUGAGCAGAGUGCAAGAGAUUCAAAGCAAACUGCAGUCAAACAUUGAGAAAGAAUUGAGAAAAUCCAAGGAAACUGUCCAGGCGAUGAUUCAGGAGCUGAACGAGGAGGUUGCAGCUCUGCAGAUGAAACACUCUCAACUAGAUGAACUUUCACAAAAGGAAGACAACCUUAGACUUCUACAGACAUUGCAGACUCUGAACACCAUGUCAAAAACCAAGGACUGGUCCGAGACCAAGGUUUACCCAGAUCUGUUUGUUCACACAACAAGGACAGCCAUGGAACAUCUUGUCAAUUGUUUUCAAACAACACUAAGGACACUAACAAACAUGGAAUUGACCAAAAUGAGAGAAUACAAAGAAUCUGUCACUUUUGAUGACUCCACUGCUGGCCCCGGUCUUAGAGUAUUAGAGUACGGGCAACGUAUGAAGUUCUCCAAAGAAGCCAGGUCACCAUCUUAUGAGUUGGAAAGGUUUGACUUACCCAUGGUUUUUGGGAAGAUUGGCUUCACCUCCGGUCGGCGCUACUGGGAGGUUCAGGGGGCCUGAGAAACGACUGGCAUGUCGGCGUUGCCCUGGAAAUGGUGGACAGAUCAGAUGAUGUAAUCAUGAAAAAAGAAAAUGGGUUCUUUUCCAUGGGAAAGUCUGGCUUUCAUUACUAUGUUCAUUGCUCACCACAGAGAGUUCUUCAUCUCUGUACCAGGCCGAGGAACAUGGGGAUUUAUCUGGACUACGAGGAAGGCCGGGUGUCCUUCUACGACCUUGAUCAGAGGUUCCACAUUCACUCUUACGUAGGAGAACGCUUCACAGGGAAGGUUUUCCCUUAUUUCUACCGGCACAGCAAAUUAAAGAAAUCUGAGGCGUUAGUUACUAAUCCCUACUUGUCCUCAUUCAGUCUUUCACAAUCCAGUUAAAAAGGCUAUCGCAUGGGGAAACUAGAUCGCUGAAACCAAAAUAUCUCCAUCAUUCCUGCUGUUCAAUUCACCUUCUGGUCCAUUUUUUUUUUGUCUACAUUUAUGUCACUUCAGCUGUUGAAUUGACUUUCCUACGGCUCCAUCAGACAAGUAAUAGUAGAGUUCAUACAUGUUGACAAAUGUCCUAAAAUGUAAAUCUGCACCAAUCAUCUUUUUCUGACUUUGUGUAAACUUGGAAAACAUUUUAUGCACAAAUUGUUGGUAAAUAAACUAAUAGCCUUUUUUCCAUUUGAUGCUUGCACAUAGCAUCAAACUUACCCCCUGCUGGGAAGAAAAUGGUAAA